CUGAAUACACCUCUUCCGGCUUUGGUACGCGAGAUGCCAAAGAAACGUUCCCAGUUCUCCCCAACAGCCUCCAGUCUCCCACUUUAAAAACUCACUCUGCACUCAAUACCACUCACUUUAUCCAAGCAUCGACGCCUCUGCAACGCCCCGGCCAUGUUGUCCACAUUGUUAAUUUAUUUAUUAAUGUACCUGGUGUGAACCAACGAUCAUCAACUGGUGCCCAUACACUUGUGUAUCAUCAAUGGUGGGAUAAAGCGCACCUACCUUUGUCAAUUAAUCGAACGGCAUCGAGUUAAUUGCGUGUGUGGGUGUGUAUGUGACUGUGUAUCAAUGAAGAAGAAGCAGUUGAUGAUCUUGUGGAUGAGAUCAAUCGUGUGAUCAGAUAAAAUCUGUUGGUUAAAAAAAUAUCAAUUUUUUGGAGUUCUUCGAGGAAAUUGUGAUACCAGUUUAUGCUGAUGGCCCACCGGCAUUCAAGAUGGUAUUUUUAGUAGCUAAUUAAGGAAUUCGACGAUUAGAGAGACUGACAGACUCAUUAUGAAUGGAUCUAACGAUUCAUUUAUCGCUGUGGAGUGAGAGAUCGAAGUGAAUGGCGGGCGUACGAGUUUAAUGACCCAGAUUUGAUGUGUACAAGGGGUCAAAGGACUUGAAGGCAAAAUUGCUGGGUUGAAAUGGAACGCGGCCUGAACCGCUGCUGAAUAUUAUUUCGACAAUGUCAAAUACCAAAAGUAAGUCCCAACAGCAGCAUCAGAACGGACAAUCUGUAGCAGCAAUUGGUAAAACGAGUGAACCAAUACCACCUCAGUAUCAACCACCCCCUCAACCCAGUGGAAUACUUAAAAAUAAUCCUCAUUUUAAUAGUAACGUUGGGAUACCAACUAGUGGCCUGAUAAGCCCAAAUUUAAUAGGGUCCGGAACACUUGGGGGUAAUCAGGGUGGACCGAUCAGAGGUAAAGAUGGUCAGGGAAAAGUCUCACCCAAAAUUGACUUUGUAACGGCAUCGAAAAACCCAAGUCUACAUUCCUCGGCUUUUUAUCCGUCUAAAGUACCUCAGGGACAAUUUUUAUCACCCAAUAGUCAGUAUCCACCUGUUAGUGGAGUUACUGGACAGCAGGGUAAUAGGAACAGAAUCAGUGACGAAGAAUUUUUGAGAUUGGGACCUGUGGAGAUGCUCAAGUUUGUGAGGAAGACGGAGAGCGAUAUUGCUAGACUUGCUGCAGAACAAAAUCGACAGAUACAAAAUUUGUUGAGCGAAUUACGAGUACUGAAGGAAGCAAAUCAGAGACUGAGCGAUGACAACCAGGAGUUGAGAGACCUCUGCUGUUUCCUGGACGAUGAUCGCCAGAAAGGACGUAAAUUAGCUAGAGAGUGGCAGAGAUUUGGGAGGUAUACAGCAAGUGUCAUGAGACAAGAAGUAUCGGCUUACCAGAAUAAACUCCGGCAAUUGGAUAAUAAGCAGCAGGAGCUCAUUAAGGACAACCUUGAACUUAAGGAAUUAUGUUUGUAUUUGGACGAGGAAAGAGGUGGGGGACAGAGAGACGACGGAGAUGGCUCGAGCUCCAGUACCAAUGCGGAAGAUACUGUACCCACAAGUAGGUCAAGGAACGCUGCUGCGACCUUCAAUGAUCAAACAAUGCAGUACGUAAGAAGCUUGGAGCAACGAGUGAAGCAACUGGAGGAGGACAAGAGUAUUUUACAAGCACGGGCCCACAACAGAACCCCCCAGGGGCCCGUAGCAACGACUACAACAGUGCCAGUACCCUCGGACCCCCUCUGGGAGCCACCCGCCAUUCCCAACGACAAUCAGACCCUCUCGGGGCGCCCGGAGGCCGUUGUUCGUGCUCUCCAGGUUCUCGAAGUCAGAGAACAGUUGGAGAGAGAGGCUGGACAUGACGGCGAGAAGGCACUCAUUCGGGAAAUGUGUAACGUCGUCUGGAGAAAACUUGAAGAGGGUCCUCAGCCAAAACGCUGAUAACAAUAAUAAUUCCACAAUCACUGCCUUCCAAUGUAUUAUUUUUAAUUCCUUCUAUGUAGAUAUCAUUAAGAACAAAAUUGUUGGAUUAUAUUAGAAAAAUAAUGUUCACGUAGGACGAACACUUCCAAACAUGAAAUUUAUAAGCGUUACAUUUUUAUAAGAUAAAUUAUUGUUUUUAGACUGUUAUUUAUAUAGUUUCCAUUAAAAACUAGAUGGAAAAAUUUUUUUGGGAAUUUUUGCUUUCUUUAGGAUGAGCUGUCAUUCAGACUGGUAUUUUUGGAUGGACCAGGUUUCAAGGUCAAGUGAGAUAGUUGGAAUUCCAUUCAUAGGUGGCUUUCAAUAAUUCAACUUUAUCUAACGGCCUAAUGAGUCUUGGAGAGUGGGGGAUGGGGUUGGUGGUGUCUGUGACCCAUCACACAGUCUCAACGAUUCUCUUUGCUGGAGGAAAUAAUAAAGAUUCAUGCUCCAUUCAAUGGGCGUACUCUGUAGAGACAAAUCUCGACUAUUUUUAACUGUCAAAAGGAGCGGAGAUGCAUGAAAAUGCCCCACAUUUUCAUUAAUCCUCUGGAUUUUCCAAGCAAUUUUCAAUGAUUAGGGAAUCUAUUUUUUUAACCUGUAAAUUAGUAUUUUCUUAUGAAUGAUUUAUUUAUUUAUUUAACUACCUGUGUUACCAACUAAAAUUUGAACCAAUUAAAUCAUGUUCGAAAAUUC